AUGCCGAUGAAGGAAGAAGUGACUUUUCAACAUGAGAUGCAUGGAUUGUUGAAUGAUCUUGUUGGUGAAAACCAAGUAGGACCAAGUGAGGAUGACGUGAAUAAUGAUCAAGAGAAGGAGAACAUAAGAAUUACUUUUAAUGAUAUAUUUAAGGAAGCUGAAGAAAAGGUGUAUCCAAAUUCAAAAUACAACAAAUUAUCGUGUGUUGUGAAUUUAUACCAUCUGAAGUGCCUUAAUGGGUGGAGUAACAAAUAUUUUUCUAUGUUGCUAGAGUUUUUAACAGAUUUGUUACCUGAAGGAAACGUGUUGCCAAAAACAGCUCAACAAGUGAAAAAAAUGUUGACAAGUUCGGGGCUUGGAUAUCAAAAAAUCCAUUCAUGUCCUAAUGAUUGCAUGUUGUUCUGGGCGGAUAAAGAGAAAGAUGAAAGUUGUUCUAUUUGUGGAUCUUCUAGAUGGCAAGUUCCUAAAGACAAUUCAAAUUAUGAAAUGGGUCCAACAAAGAAAAAGGAAUCAAAAAUAUUACAUUGGUUCCCGUUAAAGCCUAGACUUCAGAGAUUGUUCAUGUCAUCAAAGACAGUUAGCCUUAUGUGGUGGCAUCAUUUGCCUGCUAAGUUUUGGAUAGUGUUUACGCGGCGCCUACUCAUUGGUUCGGUCGUAAAAAAAUCGACGCGCACACAUGCACACAUUCGCCUCCAAAACCCUGUCUCUCCUUUCAUUUUAGGAGUCACAGAGCUUUUCCGGCGGAGGAGCACGUCGAAGAAGCGGCAGAACCUCACAAUAUUCAAUUUCAAUGGCCGCUAUCUUCCGUACACUUCUUUUGCUUCUUACUCUAUCAGAAUCAUUUAUCGGUGUCUUCACCAUUGGAGUUGGAGUCAACUAUGGACGAAUUGCCAACAAUCUUCCACCUCCAUCUCAAGAACAAACAUCGAAUUCAUCAUUGGUUUAGGAAACGAAUACCUUCAAAGAAUGAGAGAUCCUCAACAAGCUCAAACAUGGAUUCAACAAAACGUACAACCAUACCUCUCACAAACCAAAAUCACCUGUAUCAACGUCGGCAAUGAAGUUCUCGGAGGACAAGAUACUCAAUUAGCAUCAUAUCUCCUUCCAGCCAUGAAAACCAUGUAUGGAGCUUUAGUUAAUCUCGGAUUAAGCAAACAAGUUUACAUAACCACUGCUCAUUCCCUUCAAAUCUUAGCAACUUCUUUCCCACCUUCUCAAGGGACAUUUCAGGAAAACCUAAUUCAAUACAUUCAACCAAUUCUAAACUUUCACGCUCAAGUCGAUUCCCCCUUUUUCAUAAACGCAUACCCUUAUUUCGCAUACAAAGGUGAUCCAAACAAUGUCCCUUUAGAAUACGUUCUUUUUGAACCGAAUUCUGGAUCAAUUGAUCCACAUACGAAUUUGAAAUACGAUAAUAUGUUAUACGCACAAAUUGACGCUGUUUAUUCAGCGAUAAAAGCAUUAGGUCAUACUGAUAUUGAAGUUAAAAUUUCUGAAACUGGUUGGCCUUCAAAGGGAGAUGAAAACGAAGCUGGAGCAACUGUUCAAAACGCUGGAAUUUAUAACAGAAAUUUGAUGCAAAGAAUGCAACAAGGGGAAAGUACUCCUGCAAGACCUUCGCAGCCUAUUGAUAUUUACGUUUUUGCCCUUUUCAAUGAGAAUCAGAAGGAUGGGCCCACAUCAGAGAGGAACUUCGGAUUGUAUUAUCCUGAUGGGAGUUUGGUUUAUAAUCUUGGAGUAAAAAGUUAUAUCCUUCCACGAAUAGACUACUCAUCUUCCAUGAAAAACGGUUUAUCUAUCUUGAGUUAUCUCGUUUUGCUUAUUGGAUCCCUAGAUGAUAAUUUGAGGUGAGAUUUAAGGAUUCAGAUUUUCAUAUUCAUGGAUGAUACAUCAACAUUUUCAAAGCAGUGGGAACCUGUCGUCUUCAUAGUACACAUUUUUAGAACAUGGUUACAUACUUCAAUACAAUAUUUAUUGUUUUUGUUUUAUAGUAUAUUAGAAAUUCGUUAUUAUGUUUAUACGCAAUGAUAUACUAUUAUAGUUUAUAUUUAUAUCAAUAAAAAAAGAGAGAUAUAUAUUCUUGGAACAUUUUAGAGGUUUCUUUUAUUGUCAUCAUGUAUUUGUUAUUAUUAUUAUUCAAUGUUAUCUCUUUUGUUUAUUUUA